AUGGAGAAGUCGAAUAUGGCGGUGAUAAGUCAAACGUUGAAGAAUAGGUUGAUCCGACACAGCUCUGUUGCCGUAGUCCCCAUUAUGUCCAAUAUAGAAGACCUCAAGCAUAACCAAAUCAAACACGCUUCCGAUUUCUCCAAGUGGAAGAUGAGAACAAAAGAGGAAGCUGAGGCAUUAGAAGCGAAGCUGUUGUGCACAUAUGACUAUGCUUGGAACAUAAGCAGCAACGGGGAGCGACGUCGUCCUGACUUACUCAAGAAGAUCGACGGUUUAACUUUAAACUCUAAACAAUCAGCAUCAUUAUUGCUUUGA